UUCUGCACUGUCUGUCUAAACUACUGAUCACAUUUUGGAAAUCUGUGUUAUUUUGUGAAAUUAAGUGCCUAUUAAGAGAAGUGAACAACUGAUAUUGUAUCAACUGUGUAAUUGAGUAGAUUGAUUUGGGAGCAUAUCAUACAGAAACAAAACAUCAAAGUGGACUCAUUGUGCAUUAGUUUAUUCAUAUUUUGUUUUUUUUUAACGUCAUCCAGAUGAGAUUUUGUGGCAACGAUGUCAGACGAUUCAGAAGAGGCUUGUUUGGUUAGACCCAAAUCACCAUCACUGUCAGUUACUGCAGCCGGAACAAUGCAGUACACACACGGACUAACUGGCUCACAACUGCAAGUGUAUAAUAAUAACAACAAUAGCAAUCACCAUUCUACCCACAGUCAGGGUUCGCAUUCGACGGUUCGUGGGUCGCAGUCAGAGUCAGGAGAACUAAUAGAUUACAGUGACGAUGUUAUUUUGAGCCAAUUCCACGCGGACGCUAUCAAACAAGCGGGCUUUGGAAAAUUCCAACUGAUUGCUUCCUUUAUCACCGGUCUUGGCCUAGCAGGACAUGCCAUCCAAGUGUACGCUGUUUUCUAUAUUAUUCCAUCGGCUGAGGUAGAAUACUGUAUUUUGGAUACUGAGAAAAACUGGCUUGGUUCUAUAACCCUACUGGGAAUGGCUCUUGGAGCUUUAUUAUGGGGUGGACUUGCCGGACGGGCUGGCAGAAGAAAGUCAUUAUUGAGCUGCCUAGCAGUAUGUGGAGUAUUCUCGGUGAUUGCAGCCUUCAUGCCGACGUAUGGACCAUUCAUGAUGGCAAGAUUUUGCGCAGCGGCAGGAAUCGGUGGAGCGUUACCUACAGCAUCUGUCUAUUUGUGCGAGUUGACUCCAGUCAAUUUUAGAUCUCGCAUUUUAGGUCUCCUUGGAGCAUUUGGAGUUGCAGGAGGCUUGGUUGCCGGUGCCAUUGCCACUAGUACCGUGCCAGAAACUGGACAAAAAGUGGUGCUGGAAAACAAGGAACACUUCAGUGCUUGGCAUCGUUAUUUGCUGCUGAGUACACUGCCAACAUUUGCGUCAAUUCUUGGUCUAUUCUGGUUACCCGAGUCACCGAGAUAUUUAUUGGAAAAUUCACGAGAAGUUGAAGCAUUAACAAUCUAUCAGAAAAUAUACCAAAACAAUCGUACCCGUGGAGGAUAUUCUCUGACAGAACUUGAGUUACCUGGCACAAGAACACAUCGUAAUCUGCCAACAUCAGUAUUGCAAGAAAUGGCAACUAGCGUUGCUCUAUUCUUUGGCAGCUUUUUUCAACUGUUCAAUGUAGUCAACUUAAAGCGAACUUUGCUAUUGUUUACCGCAUGGACGGCGACGAUUUUUAUAUAUCAUGGUUUGACUAUCUAUAUUGCCGAGUACUCAAAAAGCACGGAAUCAGAUAACUACUAUCGCAAUACAAUUAAUAAAGACAACAUGUCCUAUGAGAAUACCGAUUUUAACAAAUCAAUAGAAAAUAUGGUGUACACAAAUUGUCGUUUCGUCAAUUGCACGUUCAGGCGGAUGUUUAUGAGUCACGUGACUUUUAAUAAUUGUACGUUCUCAGGCACGGAGUUUACAAAUGUAAAAACUAGUCGUACGCAGUUCAAAUUUAGCAUACUGGAGAAUGUUGGACUUAUUGAUACGGAUUUGACUGAACGUCACUUUAUGGAUUGUGCAAUGAGUAACUUAACCACAUUGCGUCUACUAUCAACUUGUGAUCGAGACUUUGAAUACAAUAUCUACCUGGACGCCUUGUGGAAAUCUCACUUUGGUGCAUUGUUACCAGGAAUGGUGUUCAUGCUGCUAGUUGGGGAAGGGUCUCAUCGGUUUGGUCGUAGCAGAACAGCAACGCUGUGUUUUGGCUUUGCAAUCAGUUUGACUAUUACGUUUGCUUUCUUAUAUCAUGACCUUCAAGUAGUUUGGACUGCUGGUUCGGCGCAAGGCUUAAUGUUGGCAGGAAUUGCUGCAUUGACAUUAUUGGCUAUAGAAAGUUAUUCUACAAAUUUGAGGUGUACAGCGAUUGGAUUUUUCGUCUGUGGUGGACACAUUGGAGCAUUACUCGGAGCACCAUUAUACGCAGCAUUUCCUGUGACAUCUUCAAAGGUGGCGGCAAUUAUUUCGACCAUAUGUCUGAGUGUUCCAAUUUCAUCAGCUAUUAUACUUAAGGAUCCUUGCCUGUUACUAUGAGUGAAAUAUCAAACAUUUUCCAUGCAGCACCGUGAUCUCCAAAGAGUUAUUAAUACAAGACUCAGUGCAUAUAGUGAAAGCUUGUGCUUCAUCUGAGGUUCUUCAGUGUGUAGAAAUGGAAACGAGAAUGAUUUUAACUUUCAUGCAAAAUUGUGAUACUACUUUCAUUGUUGUGAUUUUAUUUCUGGAACAGUUAUAUUUAAGUCUGUUAAAUUUAGUACUCUAUUUGUUAAGAUCAUAUAUUCUGCAGUUGAUAAUCAAAGUUAUUAACAUAUGUAUAAGUGCGUAUGCUUGUAUAGCAAUAGAUUUUCCUCUCUGUAAGUAGAGAGUACUAAUCAAAUGAUAGAUAACGAUGAUGAUAGUGAAUAUUUGAGGCAGCAAAUAUGUACACCAAUAGACCUUUACCAUCGCCGUUCACGCGUUAUUUUUUUUGUAUGCAUGGUUUAACUUGUCACCGUUAAUCAUUACAUUCAAUUUUUUUUAUCGGUAAGCAUCAAAAUAUAAAACACAUUGAAUCUAUGACAUAAUUUAGCUAUGAUUGGAAUAUUUUAUUUCAAUCAUUCUUUAUUUUUUUCAAUUCCAAGAGACACGUGUUCUUGAUCUGGUCGGCGUAAAUGUUUCCUUCCGUUAGAGACAAUGAAGCGUCCACGUCCAUAUAAACACCCUGCAAACCUGUGUGUAUGUCGAGGCCUAACGGGUGUUCAAUUAAAAAAGUAAAUAUUUUAUUAAAAACAUAACGUUUAUUCUUCAAAAAAACGACAAUGAAUAUUGGAGCCGUACGAUGCAACUUAGUCGCGAUGCUCUCACAAGAGCGCUGGACGGCACUGAAAUCAUUCUCAUUUUUUAUUGAACACCCGGUAGCUCAGCAGGAAACACCUCCUGGAUUUUUUUUCCUUGAUUUGUGUUUUGUCGAUCUGUACUGUAGUAUCAAUGCUAACGUAUCGUACUGAGUACCAAUGCUACCGACGCCAGGAUGGCAACUCCCACACCUGGAUCCUACCUAUGGACCCCACAGCUCUUGGACUGGGAACCAACGGCGUUACUUCCCGAAGGAAGGCGUUGUUACAGAUUUUAUACCUCAGAAAAUCCCGAUGGUGCUGACUGGGAUUGAACCCAGCCCUUUUGGAGUGAGAGGCAGACACGCUUACCACUACACCAGCGGCACCGCUAACAUAUCCUGGAUGAGACGCUUAAUAUUAACGGUUUACUUCCCAAGUAGCACAUGCUGUCACAUAAAAGUUGCUGUCACUAUUUUGUGACCAAAUUAUGUGUCGUAAAAUCAUUAAAGUAACCAUGAAGGCAACAGCAAUGCACCCCAAAAAGCGCAAAAUGUAAGUUGAUAUGUAACCAAUUCAAUGUUACAAAACUAGUUACACAGUAGUGACGAAAUAACAAUAUUGGAUUACAAACAAGAAAGGUAACUUGUAACGUUGAUUAACAUUAGUUUAAUUUCGACGACGAAAAUUGUUUUAUAGAGUACCUUUAUUGCAUUAACAUUUUGAGGCGAUGAUAAAAUUAUAAAAUAAUUAGAGAUAUUUUUAACGAAAACACGUAUCAGAGAAAAAAAUAAAUGCAGUUUCAAAUUUACGGGAGUUUUAUACUGAUAAAAUAAAUGCGCCAUCUUAUAUUCCAAUUGAUUUAUUACCAUAUUUUUUUUAUCAUUCGAAGAAAAAAAUCUUCUGUGUACACUGAGUUCGAGAGUUACACUUCUAACAAAAAGUUUCAUGAACAUUACUUGAGAUUAUAAUGAAACCUCGUUUCUAUUAAUUUGUGCUGAGCCUUAACAUUUACAAUUGCAUCACCAUUAAUGAAAUAUUUUACCAUUUGGAUAAAAAACAGGAACAAGCAAUUAGAUUGCGAUUGGUGAAACAUUUUAGAGCGGCGGUGUAGCUUUCAUUUGUUCAGAUCAUA